GUCAUUACAUUUCUCUAUACUUGUACACCAUAUUUUUAUCAAUACAAAGCACGGAUUCUUUGUACCUUGUUGCCUUGUUUCUUUCAUUUAGUUGCUUACACUCUUUCGGAGUGGUUGUCCAUACCCACUCUUUUAGGCUGACUUACACUCUUUCGGAGUGGUUGUCCAUACGCACUCUUUUAGGCUGACUUUGCCGACGGACUGGUGAAGUGCCGCACUCCCUAACCUCGGUAGAUUCGAAGCGUGUCAUAUAGCACUCUAUAAAUAUCUUUGUAUCUUCUCUUGCUUAAUCAAUUUCAAUACGAAAUAUAUUUUCAAAGACACAGAGUUCUUCUUUCUCCCCUUUCUCUGUUCCGUGUUUUCUUAAGUUUCACAGACAUCAAAGUAUUCGGCCAUGGCCUCAUCACCCAACUUGCCCAAAACACUAGAAGUCUCCCAUGUCGCUCCAUUUACGGCCUCACCCGAAACCACCACCCACUUCACUCUCCCCUUAACCUUUUUCGAUAUGAUUUGGUUCAAAUGUCCUCCCUCCAAACGUCUUUUCUUCUAUUCUCUCCCAGAAAUUACUAAACACGCCUUCUUAGACUCUCUUCUCCCAAAGCUCAAACACUCCCUCUCUCUCACACUCCAGUACUUUCUACCACUAGCCGGAAAACUAACUUGGCCUCAAGAUUCCCCCAAGCCAAUCGUUCUUUACGCUCCAGGCGACGUCGUUUCGGUCUACGUCGCCGAGUCCGAUGCUGACUUUGACCUCUUAGCCUCAAACCAUGCCUUCCAAGCCUCGGCAGUUCGUCCUCUCGUUCCCCUGUUACAUGUUUCUGAAACAGGAGCUUCGUUAAUAGCUCUACAAAUCACUGUUUUUCCGAAUCGUGGAUUUUCUAUUGGCGUCACUACUCAUCACGCCGUUCUAGAUGGGAAAUCCGCAAUUAUGUUUAUGAAGUCGUGGGCUUACUUAUCCAAAGAGGAUAAGCCAUUGUUGCCGGAGCUCACACCCUUCUAUGAUCGGACUAUCAUAAAAGACCCAUCUGGGUUUGACAUGAAGCUCUUGAAUAUUUGGUCGGGGAGUCCUGGUACUACGUCAUCUGAUUGCAGAAACAAUCCAAAACUAUUUGAAGUCUUUCAGCUUCCAAGCUCGGGUGAAUCCUCAGACUUAUAUCGAGCCACAUUUGAGCUAAGUCGUUCCGAUAUUGAUAAACUCCGGCAAAGGGUAUCGACCAGUUGGGAUAGUUCAACUCAUAUAUCUCCAAAGCCAAAGCUCCAUUUAUCUUCGUUUGCUCUUACGUAUGCUUACGUCUUUAAUUGCAUUCUCAAAGCUACAGAGAGAGAUGAAAUUACAAAGAAAGUUCUUUUAGCGUUCCCGGUUGAUUACCGGAAUCGUUUUACACCACCAGUGCCUGAAAAUUAUUUCGGCAACUUCGUGGGAGGGAAGUUUAAUUUCGACGAUAUGAGGGAGACGUUGCUUGGUAGGAAAGAAGAUUCGUUGACUGCUCUUGUGGUGAAGAUCAGUGCUUUAAUCGAAGAGAUGGGCAAACAAAAUGAUCCAAAGAAAGAAGCAGAGAAAAUUUUAUUGAAACUUUGUUCAACGUCGACGUCUGAAAAUUCUCGCCAUAUUGGAGUAGCUGGGUCACCCAGGUUCGGCGAAUACAGCAUAGAUUUUGGAUGGGGCCGGCCAAAGAAGGUAGCUAUUUUAUCCAUAGAGAGUGGAUCCAUUUCAAUGGCGGAGUCUAAAGAUGGUAAUGGCGGCAUUGAGGUUGGUUUGGUUUUAAAGAAACAUCAGAUGGAUCUUUUUACUUUUGUGUUCUUCACUGAUCUCACCAAUAUUUCGUAAGUGUUUACUUUGGGUUAUUUUUUUAUUUUACUUUAGCAUAAAAGUUAAGAGUGCUAGAGCAUAUGGAAUGGACAGAUGUAAUUUAAUAUCGGAUGCUCUAUUUAAAAUAAAAUAUGUGAGAAUUAAUAUCAAAUUACAUCAAUCUUCAUUUGCUGCA